CGCUGCCAAGCAAGGCAGGAGACGCCUGGCGCGCCCUCCCCGCACGUGUCGCGCGCAAGUCGUCCUUCUCCUCGCCCCUCGCUUCGCUUUCCGCUUUUGCGCGUCAGCCGCGGCGCGGGCGCGCGGCGGCCACCAUCGCAUGUGAAAAGGAACCCGCCACCUCCUCGGCUCCUUCCUCCCUCCCCACGGCGGGCCGCCCACCGAAACCCAAAACCCACCCCGAACCUUCCAGUUCCUUGCCCCCAGCUCCAUCCAUGGCCCCGCCCCCGUCCGUGGCCGCUGCCCACGACUGCGACGACCCCUCCCUCCGCCUCCGCCGCGCCGACGGCGGCUCCUCCGGCGGCUCCUCCGGCGUCCACGGAGAGGCGCGUCCGCAGGAGCAGCCGCAGCGGCAGCACGAGAUGCCCUGCUACCGGGCGUCCGCGCCCGCACACCGCCGGGUGAAGGAGAGCCCGCUCAGCUCCGACGCCAUCUUCCGACAGAGCCAUGCAGGUCUUCUGAAUCUAUGCAUUGUUGUGCUGAUUGCAGUGAACAGCAGGCUCAUUAUCGAGAACUUAAUGAAGUAUGGCUUAUUAAUAAGAGCUGGAUUUUGGUUUAGUGCAAGAUCGCUGGGAGAUUGGCCACUUCUGAUGUGCUGCCUAACUUUACCAAUUUUCCCACUUGCUGCACUCAUGACCGAGAAGUGGGCUCAAAGAAAGCUCAUUCGUGAUCAUGUGUCUAUUCUUCUCCAUAUCAUUAUUACAGCCACUGUCCUUAUCUAUCCGGUUGUUGUGAUUCUUAAGUGUGAAUCAGCAGUAUUAUCUGGAUUUGUGUUAAUGUUCAUUGCAAGCAUUACUUGGUUGAAGCUUGUCUCUUUUGCUCAUACAAAUCAUGAUAUAAGGGUAUUGUCCCAAAGUAUUGAAAAGGGUGCUACACAUGGCAGUUCCAUCGAUGAAGAAACCAUUAAAGGUCCAACUACCAACAGUGUUGUGUAUUUCAUGUUGGCCCCAACACUUUGUUACCAGCCAAGUUAUCCCCGGACAGCAUUUGUUAGGAAAGGCUGGGUGGCCCAGCAGCUUAUAAAAUGCAUAGUUUUUACAGGCUUGAUGGGCUUCAUAAUUGAGCAAUACAUUAAUCCAAUUGUGCAGAAUUCCAAGCAUCCAUUGAAAGGAAAUUUCUUGGAUGCUAUUGAGAGAGUCCUGAAACUCUCAGUGCCGACAUUGUAUGUAUGGCUUUGUAUGUUCUAUUGCUUUUUCCAUCUGUGGUUGAAUAUUCUUGCCGAACUCCUCCGUUUUGGUGAUCGUGAAUUCUAUAAGGACUGGUGGAAUGCCAGAACAGUUGAAGAGUACUGGAGAAUGUGGAAUAUGCCUGUUCAUAAGUGGAUCGUUCGACAUAUAUAUUUUCCAUGCAUAAGGAAUGGCUUGUCAAAGGGUUGUGCCAUUCUCAUCUCAUUUCUUGUUUCAGCUGUAUUUCAUGAGCUAUGUAUUGCUGUUCCGUGCCACAUUUUCAAACUAUGGGCAUUUUCUGGAAUCAUGUUUCAGAUUCCCCUGCUAUUCUUGACGAAGUAUCUUCAAGAUAAGUUCAAGAAUACAAUGGCGGGCAACAUGAUAUUUUGGUUCUUCUUCAGCAUAGUUGGGCAGCCAAUGUGUGUUCUCUUGUACUACCACGAUGUCAUGAACAGACAAGCUCAGACAAAUGGCUAGUUCUGUUUUAGAAGUGCACUAUAACACAGAUCAUCUGAAGGAAAUAGGCCCGAGGCAUCGGAGCGGCGGCCUCCUUAACGUUUCGCCAUCGGUUGUUAGAGCUUGCUAUGCUACGAAUCCAUGCUAGUCAGCAUGAUAUGUUCCUGAUAUGCUCAGACAAAUACUCCCUCCGUCGGGAAAUACUUGUCUAAGAAAUGAAUAAAAUGGAUGCAUCUAUAACUAAAAUAAGUCUAGAUACAUGCAUUUUUAGGACAAGUAUUUCCGGACGGAGGGAGUAGUUGGUUAGCUCGCCACGUUGUGUAUGAUAUGCCGGGGCAUUGGGGUUAAGUUGUGUGUACCGAAGAUAUCCCAGUGAUGCAGCUGAAGAUAACACGAUCCUUCUGACAUAUGUACCCUGUAUGCCUUGCGGCUCAUGUGCCAGCAGAGUUAUGUACAUGAUGCCCUGUUAGAUGUGAAGUGUAUGUAUAGCGUAUGAUGCAACUCGCCUUUGAGGUCUGGAUGAGCGGAAGGUUCCCCUUGAGAGAGAAUAGUUGCAUA